AUGAUUUAUCCGCAAAUGAGAAAUUUCAAACACGAAUCCAAAAGAGAAAGAAUAAUUCGUGAACGUGUGACAGCUGGGUUAUGCUCAGAACUCCAUUUAUCUGCAAACACGGUUCAAACGAAUAAUUUAAGUAUCACAUCAGCCUCAGUUGCGCCUGAAGAUUAUGCCAGAAUUGUGUCGCAUCUUCAGUCAGCAGUCUGUCUAAACGUAGCUCGACGUGUCGCUUGUCCCGCCCAUGAUUCAAAAUUAUGGACUGAUGGGGAGAAGAAAAAAUAUCCGAUUUUGAGAUUUUUAUGGAAAGUUAUAGUGGUUAUUAUGUCGAUUUUGUAUGUUUUAUUGCCACCGUAUCCACCGAAAUUGUUCCGGAAAAUUGUGUUUUGUUGUCCACAAAAAGGAAGAUAUUACUAUUUGAUAGCGGCUAAAGGAGCCACUCGACGUGCUUGUUUCCGAGCGAGCGAAGCCGAUGGAUACGAUCAUUUAUCGAUUUGUUUGCCACAAAUGAUUCGUCCGAAAGUGCGAGCUAUCGACGUUUUCUAUCAUCUCCUUCGCUGUAAAGUUUUCACUCUACCGUAUAACGAAAAACAUAAAAUAUGUGCAAUGGAGUUGGUUUGUGAGCAGUCGAUCCGAUGGCUUCACAGGGAUAAAAACAGAAAGAACAGACUCCGUUCCCCCAAUCUGAUAAUCUUCUCGCAACCCAACUCAUCUGAUCUUGGUUGUUGUUUAAUGAUGGAUCCGAACUUUGCUGACAUCGCAGAUUUCCUCCAAUGUGAUUUGUUGAUCUUCGAUUAUCCUGGAUAUGGAGUGAGUGAAGGAACAACAAAUGAACAGAACGUGUAUGCAGCAAUUGAAUCUGUCAUGAAAUAUGCAAUGGACCAAUUGGGAUAUCCUGCUGAGAAAAUUAUAUUGAUUGGAUUCAGUUUGGGAACUGCAGCUAUGGUCCACGUGGCAGAGAUGUACAAGGUAGCCGCCCUCGUUCUCAUUGCUCCAUUCACCUCUUUCUUCCGUAUUGUUUGCCGCCGUCCGUCAGUUGUUCGUCCCUGGUUUGAUAUGUUUCCAAGUCUUGAGAAAUCCAGAAAAGUAACGUCUCCAACGUUGAUUUGUCAUGGAGAGAAGGAUUAUAUAGUUGGACAUGAACAUGGUGUUCAGUUGAAGGAUACGAUACCGGAUUGCGAAUUGCAUUUGUUGAAACAUGCUAGUCAUCAGGGAAUAUUCUGUGAACGUGAAAUGUGGGACCGUGUCGAACAAUUCCUUGGAACUCGAGUUGGAAUAACACGUAACUGGAUCGAACACUUGCAAUCUGAGUCCUCGACGUCUCCUGCAGAAAUUUCUGAAGUAAUUGAAAACCCAGUCUCAUCUAGAACAGUGGAAAGAGUGACAGGAGAUCCAAAAUUCCACGGAAAGUCGAUAAAUUUGGAGAAUGGAAUCGGACUCAAUUAG